GCAUCUGCAGAGCUCAGCACUAACAGACUCCAGCAGACCCACUAACCACAUCCACCAUGAAGACAGCAGCUGUCGUUGUGUUCUUCACUCUUGGGCUUUUCUCCAGCUUUCAGGAUGCUGUCGGCUAUAAUGGUCAGGGGUUCUGCAGUGAGUACCAGAGUCCUCCAACUUUCUGCACCUUGGACUAUCGCCCAGUCUGUGGCACUGAUGGCAAGACAUACGGCAACAAAUGUGCCUUUUGUCGCGCAGUCUUUGAAAACUUUGGAAGUCUUUGCUUUGCAUACAAUGGAGACUGCUGAAUCCUCGGGGUGCCGAGCGCUGAUAUGGAGCUGAACCCCAUUUGCUUCUAGUUCCCACCAGCAGAUCCUCACAUGGAGCCACAUUCUCAUCUCAUCCUCCAUUUCCAAGGCUCCUGACAGCGUCGCUGACUAUUCCCCUGCAUGUCCAAUAAAGCAAACUCA